AUGUCGGCCAUGAACUCUGACAUGCCUUCCAUGAAAAAAACUGACAUGUCUUCUGUGAAGAAGAGCGACAUGUCGGCCAUGAACUCUGACAUGCCUUCUAUGAAGAAGAGCGACAUGUCGGCCAUGAACUCUGACAUGCCUUCCAUCAAGAAAAGCGACAUGUCAGCUAUGAAUUCUGUUACUAUCGGAGACGACUUGAAAAAAUCGGAAUCGUGGAGUGCAUGGACGUUGGCCAGAAGUGCCAAGGCCGAAAGCUUGAAAUUGAUGAGAAAAAAUUUGAAAUAG